AUGCUGCGACCUGCGACACCGUUGUCGGUGCUUCUCUUCGCGGCAUUCUGUCUACUGCUCCUCUCGUCUUUGUCGGCUCCGAUUAUCAGCGCUAUUCCGCUGGGUCAGUGGAUGGGCGUUGACUUUGGAGUUUUUGGUUUCUGCAAUGGCGGGAGCUGCACCCCUAUAGAGAUCGGCUACGAUGUUCGCGCCGAUGGCUUUGACAUCCCCGCGGGGACGCGAACUACCCUGACCACUCUUCUCGUCAUCCACCCGGUCGCCGCGCUUCUGACACUGAUCAUGUUCGUCUUGGCUGUGGUUGCCCACUUGCAUAGCCCGGCUCACUCGGGUCGAUACUUGUUAGCCUUGUUCAUCUUUGGCAUCUUCACCUUCCUGGUUUGCCUCUUGAGCUUCCUGGUCGAUGUGCUCCUCUUCGUGCCGCACAUGGCGUGGGGGUCCUACAUCGUUCUGGCUGCUACCGUUUUGGUUGCCAUCAGCGGGCUGGUUUCGUGUGCUAUGCGUAGGACGAUCGUUAGCAGAAAGGCCAGGAAGCAGCGCAUCGCUGAAAAUGCAGAGAUGAGUGGAGAGAACUACUAUAAUCGGCAGUUGCAACAGGCUCCUCCUGUGUCCACUAGCCCUGCACCCCAGCAGCCUACUGUCUCGAUGCUCAGCGGUGCCAACGGAAGACCAGACGCCCUCCCCGAAUUUGCUUCAUUCGAGAAGAAGGAUGAUCGAAGCAGUGAUGAGAGGGUGCCGCUCACCUCGAUGAGCCCGACUGACCGAUCCCCAAACAACAACUACGCGACAGAUGGCUCGACCACUUAUGUCAACGAUACAGGUCCUAAUCCGUCGGACAUCACGGCACAAAGGUCCAUGACCAACACCCCGGGUUCGCGAGGUUAUGCUGAUCCCUCGCCUGGUCCUGACGGGUAUCUUAUGAGGGCACCCUCUUACGAACGGAUGAAUUCGAGAGGGAGAGGCGGAGGUCCUCCAGGAGGCUACAGAGGUCGCGGAGGAUACCCGGGGCCCGGCAGGGGUGGUUACAAUGGAUAUGGGCCAUCAUCAGGAGGAGGGCGCGGGGGGUAUGGCGGUCCGCAGGGCCGUGGUGGUCACGGCACUCCGCCGAGUGUCAGGGGUGGGUAUGGUCCACCGCCACCCCGUGGUGGCGGUGGACGGCCUCUUCCGCCAAGCUAUCGGGGAACUCCCGGGCCUUACGACAGAAGACCAUCACCAGCAGGUCCAUACGGGCCCGGGCCAGUCCCAUAUGAUGCCCGGCAGCCAUCACCAGGUCCGCCGUCCGCGCCUGGAUAUGUCAGCAGAUCGGCCUCGAAUGUGUCGGCUGGAGGAUACAAUGCUUACAACCCCAACAACCGCGACAGCCUUCCCAGGGCAGAGUCGCCACCACCGCUCCCAGGAAUCGACGAUGGCAUUCCCACCCAGGCCGUGGAGAUGGAUGCGACGGGUAGCAACCGUGGCGUGGGACAAUAUGGAAUCCGGGAUAGCGAUUCCGAUGUUGCGGUAACCUCUUUGUCCAGCACCGCAUAUGUCCCCCCUAGGCAAGCCUGGAAUCAGAAUCCGGUCAGGACCCCGUCACCACUUACAGCUGUUUCCACCCGGCCACCUGUUGAUCUCAGGGGCGGUCCUGGCCCUAACCUCCAACCUCCACAACAGCAGCAAGCAAACCCAGGGCUAAGACCGGCCCCUAGUGAGUACUACGAGGAUGUGGACCCUCGCUUCGCCGAGCCUGCGCCUCCCGCAGCUAGUAAUUCACCCCGGCCAAGAACACCUCCUCUGCAGCCCCUACAGUUGGCUAACUCAUACGAGGACAUUCCCCAGGGCGCCCGCAGCCCGGCCGAAUCUGAGCGGUCUAACUUCACGUCUAUUUCGCAGCGCGGGAUCAACCCUCGGUGGCAGCCACCACCAGAGAUGCCGCAAAUGAUACCCCGGCGACCAGUUGGGAAUAACGGUCCCCGCCCUGCCGAUCUACUUCUUAAUUCCAAUCCAGACUUUGAACUACCCACGCGAGGAGAGGGUAAUCCGAGAUGA